AUGUCCAUGAUACAAGAUCAAACAAAGAUAACGCUACAUCCGAAGCCAGGAUUUGUUAUCAAAACUAAAAUACUAGAGUCUAAAAAUAGCUCGCAACUUUUGACAAAAGUUUUCAUCAAUAUAUGCCAUGAUCCACAAGUCCCAAAGCCAUCGAAAGAAUUUGAGCCGGAGGUAGUGUUUCCAAUGAUUAUUGAGAAUCAGUGGGAAAUUCCCAUUGUAGCAUCAGUGGCCAAAGAGUCAAAAGACAAGAAGGGGUUCCCAUCUUUGGUUUACGAUUGUUGCAUAAAUGAUGAAUGUUUUCGAUGGUGUCAAAUUAGCAAAGACUUGAAACUUAUUUUGAUAGAGUGGUGUAUUGAGUCAAUCGAGAUGAUUAACUCAAUCACUUUGGAGAGAGACUAUAGUGUCCCUAAGAUGCUCGCCAAGGGUGACUUGACCCAAACUGAAUUAACAAUGCACGAGUUGAGUGAUUUGGGGUUUAAGAAGUUGCAUGAAUUGCAGCAGAAUGAAGCUUUAGGAGUAAUUGAAGAGCUCAAAUUGGAAGGGGAAAAUGAAGAAGAGGACGAAAAUUUACCAGACUUGUUCAAUAUUGGCCGCGACGGAGUGCAAAAGAAGCCAUUGAUUGAGGAACUUUGA